UUUUUUACUUGUGUGUAUUUUGUUUGUUCACGUAUCAUCACUCAGCAAUAAUUAUUGUUUCAACUAUAAUAUUUCACCUAAUCAGUAAUCACAAUCGCAUUACGAAGCACAACAGUACAAUAGAAGCAUAAGUGUACUAUAUUAGAUUUAUAAAUACUUAAGAGAAGACCAUAAAUUUAUAGUCUUUCCUUCAAAAAACAAAAAAAAAAACAAUUACAUUUUCUUUAUUGUUCUCUUUCUAUCCUCCUCUCAUUCUGAGAAUAAAGAGAAGGAAGGCGAAAAACAGGAUUUGGCUGUAAAUUAUUGCAAGUAUUUUUCCGAUUAAGGUGAGAAUGGAGGCUCUAGUACCACAAACGGUACAAUUUACCAACUGGAUUUACUCCGACAAGGUUACGAAUAGACCAGGCAGGUCGUUCCCUGUUUCUCAGACGCUGAAGGACCGGAAAAGGUUUCCGGUGCUUGUUUCAGCUCGAUUUCCGGCUAACGGAGCUUCGAAUCGGCGUAGAAAUGUGGAUAUGGAAGUUUCAUGCUCUUACAAGAGCGUUCCAGGUUCAGUUGUGGAAUCUGGAAACAAUCAGGCUCCAUUUGAUGAAUCUCUACUUUUAAAGGUUAAGUCAGAAAAGAUUAAGCCAUAUUUAGAGGGGCGCUGUAUAUAUUUAGUCGGAAUGAUGGGCUCUGGGAAAACAACUGUAGGAAAGAUUUUGUCACAAGCGCUUGGAUAUUCAUUUUCCGAUUGCGACACUUUGAUAGAGCAGGAAGCUGAUGGAAUUUCGGUGGCCGAAAUUUUUAAGCUCCAUGGAGAGGGCUUCUUCAGAGAUAAGGAGACGGAAGUACUGCGUCAGCUCUCAUUAAUGCGCUGUGUUGUUGUUUCUACUGGUGGAGGUGCAGUUGUUCGUAAUAUCAACUGGAAAUAUAUGCAGAAAGGUAUUACUGUUUGGCUGGAUGUGCCUUUGGACGCAUUGGCUCAAAGAAUUUCUGCUGUUGGAACUGGUUCACGUCCCCUUCUGCCUAAUGAAUCAGGCGAUAUUUACUCCAAGACUUUCAUGCGCUUGUCUAGUCUUUUUGAACUGAGGGGUGAAUCAUAUGCAAAUGCCAAUGCAAGAGUUUCUUUGGAAAAUAUUGCAGCCAAAUUAGGUGAAAGAGAUGUAUCUAAUCUCACACCCACUGUUAUUGCAAUUGAGGCACUCGAACAAAUUGAAGUCUUUUUGAAGGAAAAGGAAGGUCAUAAUGAAUUAUGAGUCAUCUAGUUUUGACAUGCGUGGCAUUGUAUUUGUGUUAUUUUCUUUUUCUUUGUUAUUGCUCUUCUUAGUUUCGUUUAGUGUAAAGCAUAGCUAUGUUAACAAUUUUUGUGAGGGAACAUAGCUUAUUGUAUUCAUGUAAACUGUAUCUAUGGUGUCCGUCACAUAAAAUAAAUUAUUGUAAGAUAUCAACUGUGUGUGAAGGUACUGUUUUGUAUAAAUGUUUUUCUGUAACGAACUGAAUGUGAUUUUACUAAUGUCUUAAUUUUGGGAUUAA